AUGUGGCUGAGGAAGGUGCAAAGUCUCGUCAAGUUGAAGGAAGUGAGAGUCCCAAUCAGCGAUUUGACAAGUUCAAUGCCGAAGAUUCUUGGAACCAAGGCGAAAAAGACUAACGGAAAGGGGGCGCCUGCGACCUUGGCCGAGGAGAAAAAGCACAAGCACACGACGCCUGAUCAUUUACAGAGGACGAAAGAAAGCCUCCUUUCCCAGCAAAGGUACAAACCCGAUAACUACGACGGACGGCCUGGAACUGUCGAAGCCGGGAACAAGAUACAUUAA